AUGGUGUCUUUCUGGCCUUUCAAAGGCGACUCCAACGAUGCCGCGUCCUUCGAAAAGAUCCUGAGCCAGCUGUCUACCAAAAUCACUAAGGCUACUGCACAGAACGAGCGCUUCCAGCAACGGCGGCGACGCUAUAAAGUCCUAUGGACUCUCUACUCGGUCUUCGCAUACAUACUGGUCGCGGCUAUUCUCACCUUGGUUACGGGCUACGAGAAAUGGGGAGCGGUAGAGUACAGCCUGGUGGCUGGCAGCCCAGUGGUGAUCUUUGGCAUCCGCACCGCGCUUGAUGCAUACUACAAUUGGCGGAUAGCAAAUUCGCAGAAUCACAUCAAUGAGCUGCAGGAAGAACGGAACAAGGCGAUCGAGAGACUGAAGCACGCGACCAAAUAUGACAGCACACAGAAGCUGUUGGAGAAAUAUGGAGGAUCUCCACCUGAAAAGAGGCAGCCUUCACCGCGACCGAACGCAAAGAGACAGUCAACAGGUGGACCUGGAAGUAAGCCAAGUACACCAAUCCACGGCAGGACAGGUUUCGCGCCGCCUCCUACUGCAAACAUACCUAGUAGGCAGCCUCCGCCGUCUGCACCUCAGAUUCCACAAGUCGAGCCUGGCUUCGUCCCAAGACCACCCGCAUCGCCAAAUUCUCCCAUUUUGCCUCAGCUAGAGGCGCCAGGAGAAGAAUUUGCGCCAAAUGCCUUCACACGACCACCAACCUUGCAACAACCGUCACAGUACGCGUAUGAUGGGCCUAAGUGGUACGACCGCAUCCUCGAUGUGGUGCUCGGCGAAGAUGAGACAUCUGCAAAGAAUAGGAUCGCAUUGAUCUGCCAAAAUUGCAGGCUAGUCAACGGACAAGCACCGCCAGGAGCACGAACGCUAGAGGACGUCGGACGAUGGAGGUGUAGUCAAUGUCAUACUAUGAAUGGCGUGGAAAGCGAGGAGAAGAAGAUCUUG